AUGUUUGGAAAUAACUUGGGAUCAAACACUGCUCAAACAUAAUAAUCAGGUAAUCCAGCUCCUUCGAUUUUUGGUAAUGCUGCUACUUCGAAUAAUUUAUUUGGCCAACCAUAAAAUACCUUAGGCUAGCAGUAACAAACUUAAGGAAUAUCAGGAUAACCAUAGUAAUAAUAAUAAGGUAUCUUUGGGGGUGGAUUAUUUGGAUAGACUUAAUAAUAACCUAAUCUCUUAGGAUAAUAAUAAUAAUAAACAACUUUAAUUGGAUAAUAAUAACAACCAAAUUCUUUAUUAGGAUAAACAAAUACAUUAGUAGGAUAACCACAAUAAUAAACUACAUAAUUAGGAUAACCUUAACCAUCAAAUAUAUUUUUAUAAACAUAAUAAUAACAACAACCUUAAACUUAAAUAGCAUAACCAACUACCUAAUAAUAAACAACUUAGCCUAAAGCAUACACAAUGAAUUAAAUUAAUUAAUAAACUAAGAUACACAUUGAAAACUUGGCAAAAGCUAUUGCAAACAAAGAAAAAAUAGACAAAAAUUAAAAAAAUUUAUAACUAAUAGAGAAAAACUCAUUAAAAAAUAUUUAAUAAUAAUAAUAAUAGUAAAUAACUAUUGGAAUUAAUUAAAAUCCAUAAUAAUAAGUUUAAAGAACUCUUAUGAAAGGUGAUAAAAGAAAUCAUACUUAAAAAGCAGAAAACUAUUAUAAUGAUUGGAAUAAAAUAUAUCUCAGCAUCAAUAGAAAAUAAGAUGAAACCCUAGCUUAAUUGACUGCACUUGUUGAUUAACUUUAACAAUAAGAUACUUCUUUUGGUAUUAAUAAUCUCACUAUUAUAUAUUAGAUAUAGAUGAGGAAUCACUUAUUGAUUCAAUCAAAUAAUUAGGUAAAGAAUUGGAUGAUCUGGAACGUAAAAUUAAUGAAGUUGUUAAAACAUAAGAAAAAAUACUUGGAUUAGAAAAAGAGGAAUCUGAAUGGGAUCAAAUUGUUAAUAAUUUAAGUGAAUGCUUAUUACAUUUAGAUUCAUAAACUGUAUCUAGAUAUUAUUUAUAUAUUUUAGAAAGAAGUUGAAGAUUUAUUGCUCUUAGCUGAAAAAAAUCCAAAGGUACAAAAUAAAUGAAUUAUAUUUUAUUUUAUAGUAUACAUAAG